GGCUGGGCAGGAGGGGGUGGUGAUACAGUGGAGGCACCGGCUGGCCAGGGGGCCUGCCCUCGGGACAGGUCCAGACCCAUGGAGCCCCCCGGGAGGAGUAGCAGGUCCACAGCGUCUCAUACUCUACACCAGUAUUGCUGUCCUACUCAGGUCCUUGACUCCAUGAAGCUUACCCCCUCAGGCAGGCUGGCAGAGAGCAGGUAAGAGCUAGACCCAUCCCUCCCCCCAUCCUAAACCCUUCCGGACAAAUCUGCCAUAGCAUUGCCAGACCCCCUCCCCCAUCUCCCUCUAGCCCCUGGAAUGAAUGUGGAAUGGAUGUCUGAGCAUGUGAGGAGAGUGACUGGGAGACCAGGUAGGAGACCAAAGAGGACAUUCAGAUUCUGUUUGUAGUUUGUCCUUCCUUAAAAAUCCUUCCCUAGAUACCUGCCCCCAAAAGUGGGAGCGGUUGGUUCUAGAAUAUGUAA